GCACCACUUGUCACCUUUUCAGGAAUAACGAUCGGAGUAUAGCACAAUAGUCCUGCCUUAGUGAUGUUUAUGACGGUACGGUGUAAUUAAUAUCAGACUCAUAUCUGAUCUUUCUUGACAAAAUGAUGACCUCCAAGACCCACUCAGGGGGUGAUUAAUAUCAUGAAGAAACAAAGACUAGAAUUUCAUAAUUUCUAUAAACAAUUCUAUCUGCGCCAAUGGCGUCAACUCGCCCUUCAUCAAAUCUCCACACCGUUGUGUCAGGUCUUCAUCUGAUUUUUACAAUCGCAUCAGUUGCUUUUCUUUCUUUCAAAGUCUAUCACCUCGAUUGUGAGCUUUCCUUAAUUCGAGGAAAAGUUUCGUUAAGUGAAGGCGACGUAAAAGUGACCGAAGGGACCCCGCUGUCUGCAGAUUCAAAUAACGAAGAGCUCAGAAGUGAAAGAAAUCGCCGAGAUGAUCAACAGAAGCUCAAAUCAUAUACAAAAGACAACCUCAAGGCAGCAUGUGUCCAGAAGUUGUUGGGCGAUCUUCAGGUAUCAAAUUGUUUCCCUUUAAUUUGUAGCAUUUUUGUACUACUGAGCGAUCGAGUUGCCAGUUUCCGUUCAGACAAAUCUAGGUAGUGCGUCAGUGUUGCGAGUGUGCGAGUGUGCGUACGUGAUUACCAGCCCUGGCACUCAUAAACUAUAGAAAAAGCGCAAAAAUUUGGAAUUACGCAUUGCAUUAGAAAAGUGUAGCAACUUUUAGAGCUUCGGCAUCAUUUUCUUUGAAUCCCAAUUUCCGUGACCCGUUGAGUAAUUAUAACAUCCACGAUGGGAACCAUUUUGAACUGAUGGCACAGCAUAUCUCGUAUCUCCCUAUUUUACCACGUGCUGCUAGUCAAAUCACUGAAAAACCUACCUAGACCGUUUCCCUUCCCUGAUUUCAAGUGAUAGUCCUGAUCUUGGUAUCUAAGCACCAAGGAGGGUUAGGUAGAGGUGGAGGCGGGAUAGAAGAUACAUUUGAUACUCGUUUACUCUUUUACAGCAUUGCAGCAAGCGCUUGUCGAUUUGACGAUGAUACGAAAAAGUAGAGGAUUGUAAAGUAAACAGUCUUUCCCUCAAUUAAGAAAACAUAUAGGAAAUUCCCUCUUGAGCUUCCGGAGUCUCGGUAGACUAACUAUCAGUAUACGUUCACAGUGUAAGUUGCACUAGUACUAGGCUGAGUCAUCAACUGAACACAAUUGGCCCACGAUCCAUUACAGUUUAGCUUAUUUGAAUCUAAGGACCUCUUGCCUCGGGGGGGGGGGAGGGGAGUGCUCCCUUAUAUUUGUCUUAUAGGUAACGUNGGGGGGGAGGGGAGUGCUCCCUUAUAUUUGUCUUAUAGGUAACGUAUGUGCCGCCCCAAAGGGUAUGGUUUGUGCGCCUUUUAGGUCUGAAAACGGCGGGUAAAGGCUUUCCCUAUUUUCGUCUGAAUUAGGGUAUGUUUUUCCAGGGACUGAAUACGGGUCGGAGCGCAUGAACGUAUUUGUCGUUUUAAGUCCAAAUGAAUAAGAAAGCGAGAGCAAUAUGCGAAUUCGAAACGGAUUUUAAGAAAUCUUUUUGUUGGCGUUCUAAUCUAAGUAAUUAUAUCAUAAUUUCUGCCAACGCUAGGUCUGAAAACGGGCAUGGAGCGAAUUUUGGUUUGAGACAGUAUUGUCAAGAUUUAUAGAACCAGGUUGCACAUCCCCAACACGAAUUCCCAGGAAUACCUCCCACGGGUACUCAUGCAUGUACAAAUGUUUGUGAUCAUGUGAGAGAUUAGCCUGUAGUGCAGGCGUAUUUUGGGCGGGCGAAAGCUGCUUGUUUAUGUUCGUACUGUUGUAACCGCUAUCUUUGUUAUUACGGAGGAAGAUUUGGGAGAAUAAAAACCAUUUUCUCCCCUCUUUUCGAGUUUCAACAUGCGCUUUCGCGAGCAAAACAUUCGAGCGCCGGAAGAAAACACCUGCACUGCAGGCUAGCGAGAGAUGGAUUAGAAUGAAAAUACCAAAUAUCUUGGUAUUUGCUUCGAGUUAUUUCUUACCAAUCUUGUAAAUAAUUGACUUGCAAUAACUUGCGUCACGUUUAUAUUAUUAUGGUCUGGAAUAAUUUUCUCUUCAGGUCAUCGAUGAUGCAAUCAAUGGAACUGGAAGACUUGUCUGUAUGAGAGGUCAGUACAAAUUAAUCCAAAAAGCAUCCUUAAUCGACGUAUCGGUCGGCAUGUCGGUUGAAUGUCGUUGAAUGUCGGUCAAGUAUCGGUCACAGUGUGUGGCCGAUAGUUUCCAGUUCGGAACAGAAACGUUACUCUGAGGUUCCCUUUCAGGUCCUCAAGGCCCACCGGGACAACCAGGUCCACGAGGUCAUCGCGGUAAAACAGGACCACCAGGUUCACCCGGUCGUCGUGGCCGUCCAGGAAUGCCUGGCAAAAACGGAUCUCCUGGAAGGAGAGGUCCUCGAGGGAAACCAGGAAAGGGUUCCCAUGUUAAUGUCACCGAGAUUGAAAACCUUCUGGAAAUAUUGAAGACAUACAGUCCUGAGGAUAUAACAUUGUUUGGUUAGUACAAAUCCUUUGGAAAGAUAUUCGAGAUUGCAAAUCACUGUCUCUCCUAUUUUUUUAGUAGUUAGUGGGUUAAUUUUUUUUAUGUACACCCAACAGCUCCGCCCCGAUUUACAAAGAAACCCCCUUCUUCCAUCGUCAUUAAGGAGGGUGGUAAUCUGUCAUUCAGUUUUUCUACAUCCGGGAAUCCGGCACCCAAGAUCACGUGGUCUAUGCAGGGUAAAAGCAGAGAAAGCCCAGCUCGAUUCAGGAUACUAGAUGACAAGUUUGAGAUGGACAAUGUACGCUUCGAAGACGAGGGAUUAAUCACUUGUCACGCUGAAAAUAUGUUUGGUGUUGAAGUAUCCAAAGUGAAUCUCACUGUUUUAGGUGGGUUGUUAUUAUUGUUUAUUUCAAAACAUGGCAUAUCCUGAGGAGUGCGUGACAAACAGACCAUUUAGGAGGAAGGAUUAACACAGUUAGUGCUCGCGCGUUCUUCCUUCCUUACCGCUUAGCUGUAAGUAGCUUCAAAUACCCGUAAAACGGAGCACCGAUGAAGAGAGGGGGCGGGAUAAAAUGAGCGCGCCGUCGGCCUCAGGUUUAUUAGUCAGCGGACUAUGUUGAGCUACUGGCGUAAAAUGAGGACUCUUCAGUUUGAGCAUCUCCAUAGUUGCGUUAUGUUUAGACGUGUGGUAAGUAUUCUUCCAUCUUUGAAUAAGUGUUCCUUGAUGAUUUAAAAAGUGCGUGUUUAACCUUUUUUGUUUCUUUUUUUCUUUUCCUCUGCAGGAGCGCCAAGGUUUCCCAAGUCCCCUCCAGUAAAAUUGUACGGCUUCUUAGGUACAGAAACAAAAGUGGAAUGUGACCUUUUUGGAAACCCCACCCCUGAAGUUCAAUGGAACAAAUCUCCCUCGUCCCCUCUCCCUCUGGGACGUAGUGAGGUAAAAAAAGACGGGCUUUAUAUUAACAACACUAAGAAAGAGGACGAGGGCAUUUACACGUGUCUUGCGACGAAUGAAUAUGGUAUGGUCAUCCAUGGAACAUAUCUCAUAGUCAAGGCAGUGGGUAAGUGUAAGAACAUAGAAAAUUAACUACAAAAGACCGUAAACGAAUAUGCCGCAGAACGAAGUAUCUUCAGAAGAACUGAUCAGCAAAAGUCUACAAAGUUGGACUACGAAUGUUCUUUAAUAAUUUCUCAAGUACUAAAGCCAAUACUUCGGUCCUGUGGCUACCACAUGGAAGUCAUCUAAACCUUUCAUGAAAUAUUUUUAUUAUUAUUAUAAUAAUAAUGAUUACUGUUCCAUCAUUAUGAGUAUUACCAUCGUUAUUUUCGCGUUCGAUACCAUUAUCAUUAUCGUGAUCGUUAACGUUUUCACUAUUAUUCAAAACACUGCCUGUCCUCUUCAAGCCACAAGUCAGGUCUUUGCUUUGUUUCUAAUCGGGUCGCAAGAACAUGGUAGAGAAAGAGGCCACUUGGUGAAUGUCCUAUACCGUGAUAUUUAUUUAUUUACAUGCCAUGGUCAGGUCUUUCAUUCGACAACAUACCAAUAAGCUCUUUGCACCUGGUCAUUCAUGUGGUACUAAACUGCUUGCAGUCCGUCCACCUCUUAGGCUGAAUUUCAUCCCAUUACUUCAAGUCGUUAUUACUCCCUCAGUAACGUCUGAAUCGACCGGCCGUUAAUGCCGUCCAGUGACGUCACUACUCCUUUGCUUUUAUUCAUGCAAAAAGUUAAACACCAUUUUUAAGUGGCAAACCAAGAAAUAUCGUUUGGAAAUGUCUGCAUGAUACAGAAUGGCUUUACUUUUUCGAUCGUAAUUCAUGUUUAGCGUUCAAACUAUCAACUGCACGCAGUACUCUGAACCGGUUGUAAUUCCAUAAUCAAACUUGGUCGCAAUCACGCAAUGAAAUGAUACACACACCGAACACCUAGUUCAAAAACACAAUGAUUUGCUCUAAUUGAAAAGAAGCCACCUAGUCCAUAACGAAGAAAAAAGAAAACAAGGAAACAAGAAAGAAAAGCUAACAGAAUCAUUACAACUGACAGUGAAAAUAACUAGAAGGUCGAAUUACAACAUUGGUCUCAUGGAACUUCGCAUCAACCAAAUCACUGCCGAAACCACAAAAAGGUUCUAAAUGAAAAACCUACCGACUCUCCGCAAUGAUUCUUCAUUCGCAGUUCAAUUUCACAUUUCAGUUUCGAAGAUGAGGGCAACUUUGCUGUUUACGAUAAAGAUUGUCGAAAUGUUUGAAGUCCACUAAAACAUACCAGGGAUGUGAUCUGCUGAUCGAAUUAUCAAGCGACAAUACCGCUAAAACUUCUCCUAAUUAUGCAUAAUUAUGCGGAUGUUUAGACAAUCAACCAAUCAGAAUCACUACCCGGUUUUCGGGUAGUGAUGACGUCAUUGGACGGCAUUAAAGGCUGGUCGAUUCAGACGUUGCUGAGAGGAGAAAACGACUCGAAGCAAUCGGAUGAAAUUUAGGCUAUCCACCUCUCAAAAUCCGUAUAGUUCUUCUCCCAGUCAGCGAGAUUGUAAACGUUCCCGUUUAUCGCGGCUCGAGUGCAUGGUUUACGUGUGGAGUAGCUUAACUUUGCAAAGCCAAAAAAGAGACUGCCCGCUGUGCACAUGGCACAAACUUCCAUGCUGGAGACGCACUGGGACCACGUGAAUGACUAGCUGCAAAGGGCCUAUUUGACCACUGACGAAGUAAACCAGACUUUUAUUUAAUCUUCAUUCAGAACCACCAGUGUUUACAGUAACACCUCCUGAAGCAGUCAAUAUAUCCGGUGUAGAGGAACCAGUCAGAAUCAACUGCUCAGCUACAGGCUCCCCUUUACCCAAAAUCACGUGGUACAAGUACAACAUUACCUUACCAGCGAACAUUUACAUCAACGAUGACGAAGUAACUAGCGAGCUCGUGAUUGGUCAGCCUAAGCCUUCGCUCCAGAACACAUAUACAUGCGUUGCUCGUAACUUGUAUAACGACGAAGUAAAGACAACUACAAAGAUAGGUGAGACGUACUUUGAAAUGUAAGCGGGAUACCUUACGAGAAGAUGCCCUUUGAUUCCUGCUGAUUCCUCCAGGGGAUUAACAAGGCGAGUUAACAAGGAGAUCGCAAGUGAGACCUCUAGUUACUUGCGGGUUUAAUUUAAGAGACGGCAGUCAUUUGAGACUAAAUAUGAAAACAAGUCCACUCGCUUUUGCGCUGCAUUUGUGUAUGUAAUAAGACUUCAUUUUGCCUGUCCAAUUUAGAAAUAAUUGGAUGUAAAAAUUAAAAAAAUUCCGAGGACAACCACGGCUUUUCACACUUUGCCAUUUUCUUAUCAAUUAUAACUUUUUUAAAAAAAGCGCUUUCUGAGUGAUAAUGACAUACACAGCAACAAGAAGCCGAUAGCGUUCGCCGACGAAUCGCCGUCAGCUAACAAAACUUUUUAGGCGUGUUGACAGAUUGCUGUCCUAUUUUUCUUAAACUGGACAGUUUGCCUAUUUCUAAAAGAGAGUCCUAUCUCAAACUGUCCAAAAUUAAUCGUUAAUUAAACAGCGUUUAAAACAUCAAAAGAGUAUAGCUUUGCUGACAAUAUCAGAUUAACUACCAGCUGUAUAAUUGAUUUUUUUUAACAUCAUAAUACCUGUACUAAGAAGUUAAAUGAAGAACACCGAUUUCAUACAUACCAUGACAUUUUGAUUCAAUCUUAAAUUAGUUACCCGCAAGGAGUAAAUUUCCGGGAGCAUUUUGGAGAAAUGUAUUACCACGAGCUGAUGAAUUUUUGGUAUUUAUAACUCACGUCUUGAAUGCUACAACCAUCCAGCCUUUCCUUUCUGUUUUUCAGUUUUACGCGCCUGCGGUGACCCAGGAAAACCAGAUAAUGCAAUUAUUGUCAGCCAGAGCAAGAAUUACUGGACAGGACAGUAUGUCAGAUACCUCUGUAAUCCGGGUUAUGCCAUGGUUGGUCCUGCUGUCAGAAGAUGCUUGGUCAGCGGCAAAUGGAGUGGAAAUGUACCAAUAUGUAAGAGUUAGGUCGUUAAGAAAGUGUGGUGGCGUAUGCUACCUUAAGGUAUUAAUAGGCAAUUUCAGAGAUCCAGAAACUCUCACUUUCAAAACGAGGCUAAAAGCAAAACGUUUCAUCUAAAAAUGAGUUUUACACAUCAUUUUCUUAUCCAUGGCCUCGCACUUAGUCUCGCUUUGAAGCAGACGCUUGGGGCAACUCGUAUUAUGGCUUAUUAUGCCGGGAAUAUAUUUUUCCUUUCCCUACCACUGAGGACCGAUAAAAGUUCUUAAAAGUGACUUAGUAUUUAAAAAAAAUCAAUUCGCUUCACCGACACUUUAUUUUGUUGUCCUUUGUUUGUUUGUUUGUUUGUUUGUUUGUUUGUUUCCAGGUACAGAAAAACCUGAAUGCGAGCCUUACUGGACCAUAGACGACAACACCAGACGAAAAAGCUUCACGGCGUCCCGGACCAAUAGAAAUGACUACUAUUUGGCUGAAGGAUGGUACAGGUUUAUAUCAGGCAAACAAAUGUCCACAAGUUGUACUUAUGUAUCCGGCUAUUGCGAUACUUCAUAUGCUGGAUGGUUACAGGGAAGCCAUCCGUCAGUUAAGGAUGGGGUGGUCUCUAGAAAAGUAUGUUUUGGCUAUGCUGGUGGUUAUAGUCGUAACUGUUGUCGUUAUAGUACAUAUAUAAAGAUGCGCAACUGUGGUUCUUUCUUCGUCUACAAACUGAAACCCACACCAAAUUCUAACUGUCGUUAUUGUACUGAAUACUAACAGAGUCAACUUACCAAGCAGCAUACUUAGAUAAUUAUAGAGGAUAUUACAUGGCCGCGCAGAGAUACGAAAUGUCUCUUCAAGUGUGGAAUACGAGAAGAAAGAGGUGGUGUUUUAAGGCGGCUAUACAUUGUUCUAUUCAUUACAUAAACACCAAUGAAAUACCAAACCAUUUCACUUGAAUAUUUUUCUUUGGCUACCGGCGAAAGACGCGAUUUAUCGUGUAACCAUAGCAACGACGGAGAUCUUUUCACGUGUGAAGGUGUCAUAUUUUCGCGGGAAGGCUCACCUGGUAUAUCAUUGGUGUUUAAAUAAUAAAAGGUA